UAUCACAUCGUUAAUCCAGAACUGCCUUUAAUUUGAGAACAAGAGAUAUUUUUGAUGCCCAGAAACCCAAGUCCAAAGUUUCGGGAGCUUUACUACCUACCCUCCACGGCACAUAAAUUUUUGUCUUCUCUUUGUGCGAUUUAAGGGAAUCGUGGACUCCGAUUUGCCACUUGAAGUUUUACCAGUGGAGGAAUCCUGGGUGUUCGAAGCUCCUCUGCUCAUAACAUUCUUCACUACACCAACUGAGUGUACUGUGAAAGGGUCAAGGAUACAGACCAAAGCAUGAGGUCUUUUGAACAGCAGUGAAAAUGUUCCUUGGUUGUGAAAAUACAUGAGAUAAAUCAUGAAGGCGACUUUCAUCUUCCUCUUGCUCGCACAAGUUUCCUGGGCUGGACCGUUUCAGCAGAAAGGCUUAUUUGACUUUAUGCUGGAAGAUGAGGCUUCUGGGAUAGGCCCGGACGACGGCUUUCACGAAGUUCCUGAAUUAGAGCCUCAGGUGCCAGUGUGCCCCUUCCGCUGUCAAUGCCAUCUUCGAGUUGUCCAGUGUUCUGAUUUGGGUCUGGAAAAAGUGCCAAAAGAUCUUCCCCCUGACACUGCACUGCUGGACCUGCAAAACAACAAGAUAACUGAAAUCAAAGAUGGAGACUUUAAGAACCUGAAGAACCUUCACACGUUGAUUCUUAUCAACAACAAAAUUAGCAAAAUCAGUCCUGGGGCAUUUGCACCUUUGGUGAAAUUGGAACGACUUUAUCUGUCCAAGAAUCAACUGAAGGAAUUGCCAGAGAAAAUGCCCAAAACUCUUCAGGAGCUGCGUGUCCAUGAGAACGAGAUCACCAAAGUGCGAAAGUCUGUGCUCAAUGGAUUGAACCAGUUGAUUGUCGUAGAACUUGGCACCAACCCUCUGAAGAGCUCAGGCAUUGAAAAUGGAGCCUUCCAGGGAAUGAAGAAGCUCUCCUACAUCCGCAUUGCUGACACCAAUAUAACCACCAUCCCUCAAGGUCUUCCUCCUUCCCUUACUGAAUUACAUCUUGAUGGCAACAAAAUCACCAAAGUUGAUGCAGCUAGCCUGAAAGGACUGAAUAAUUUGGCUAAGUUGGGACUGGGUUUCAACAGCAUCUCUGCUGUCGACAAUGACUCUCUGGCCAACACUCCUCAUUUGAGGGAACUUCAUUUGAACAACAACAAGCUUAUCAAAGUGCCUGGUGGGCUGGCGGAUCAUAAGUACAUCCAGGUUGUCUACCUUCAUAACAACAACAUCUCUGCAAUCGGCCCUAACGACUUCUGCCCACCUGGAUACAACACCAAAAAGGCUUCUUAUUCCGGGGUGAGCCUUUUCAGCAACCCAGUCCAGUACUGGGAGAUCCAGCCAUCCACCUUCCGAUGUGUCUAUGUGCGCUCUGCCAUUCAGCUCGGAAACUACAAGUAGUUCCGAAGAAAACCCUCGUUUUUAUAACCUGGCAAAAUCCCGUUAACGUCACUGCUCAAAAAAAAAAAAAAAAAAAAAAAAAAAAAUGAAAGCUAGAUACUGGAAACCUAACUGCAAUGUGGAUGUUUUCCCCACAUGACUUAUUAUGCGUAAAGCCAAAUAUGCAGUUUAAAUAAUUGCCUACAAUAAAAAAAAAUAUUUUGCCUGCCA